AUGCCUCUUGACGGCGUCAAGAAUAUCGUUCUUGUAUUAUCUGGCAAAGGUGGCGUGGGCAAAUCAUCAGUAACCCUCCAACUCGCCCUCGCCCUCUCUCUCCAAGGCAAAUCUGUCGGCAUCCUCGACAUCGACCUCACCGGCCCCUCAAUCCCGCGCCUCGUCGGCCUCGAAGAUGCGAAAAUCACUCAAUCCCCCCAAGGCUGGCUCCCCGUCUCCGUCCAUGAGCCCAUAACCGCAGAAGAAUCCACUUCCUCCGCCUCCGCGCCCCCUCGCGGCUCCCUCCGCUGCAUGUCCUUGGGCUUCUUGCUGCGCGAUCGCGGCGAUGCGGUUAUCUGGCGUGGACCUAAGAAAACCGCCAUGAUCCGCCAGUUCCUGUCUGACGUCUCCUGGGGCGCAACAGAUUACCUCCUCAUUGAUACCCCACCAGGAACCAGUGACGAGCAUAUUGCGCUUGCUGAACAGCUUCUCACGCUAUUCUCUACGGAUCCUGUGAUUGCGGCGCAGAGCUCGUUGCCGCGCCUGGCGGGUGCGGUGCUGGUUACGACGCCGCAGGCGGUUGCUACGUCCGAUGUGCGGAAGGAGGCGAAUUUCUGUGUUAAGACUAGUAUUCCCGUGCUCGGGGUUGUGGAGAAUAUGUCAGGUUAUGCGUGUCCGUGUUGUGGAGAAGUGAGUAAUCUUUUUUCCAGCGGCGGGGGCGAGGUUAUGGCGCAGCAGCUGGGGAUUCCCUUCCUUGGUAAGGUGCCUGUUGAUGUGAAAUUCGGGGAGUUGGUGGAAGGGAAGCCGGAGGCGGAAAGUGAUGAGGACGAGGGCGAUGGAAACAGCGAAGGCGCGCAGCAGCAGGACGUUCUUGCUGAGCCGGAUCAGAGGCCGUUGGUUGAGAAGUAUAAGGAGGGUUGGUCUUAUCCUCGCUUUGAAGGAUUUGCAGCCACCAUCAUCAGUGGUAUACAGGCCACUACUCCUGCCUAA